AUGGCUAGAAGCCUGGUGGCGAAGUGGAGAUGGAUCGUUUGCAAGGAGGACUGUCAGACCACCCAGCACCUGGCUUGGUUUUUUGUGGAGGACUGGGGUGCACGUUGCAAAGCGAGCGUCAACUUCGACCGUUACCUCAUUACCCAUUACUUCAGGAACCGUGGGCUGGAGUUCGUUCAACGGACGCCCUCGGAGUACUGCCACUUCGGUUUCCUGACUGCUCUCGUGAUCGCGGCCCAGUUCGAAUUCCCUCAUUCGGUGGCCCAGGCUGGCCGGAUGCUCUUCCUCGCGUACGUCCUCCUCGGCGACUUCUUUGCAUUCGACUGGUCGCCUCGCUUUCCAGUCA